UUCUCCACAUUUCAUUUGCAUCAUGCACCGCUUUGAGCAUUCAAGGCAGAGAAAAGCACGACUUAAAGCACAAGAAAAAGGUUGAAGGAGGAAAUGAAGCUAAUUUGGUCCCCGGAGAGAGCCUUAAAAGCAUACCUCGACACUGUAAAAUCGUGUGAGGUUUCCCAAGAACCAAGUGUAGCGGAGGUUGUCUCGGCCAUGGCAGCAGGAUGGAACGCCGGACUAGUAGUGGAGACGUGGUCGAGGGGCGGUGAGAUCGCCACCAGCGUCGGCCUGGCAGUUGCUGCUCACCACACAGGGGGAAAACACAUUUGUAUAGUUCCUGAUGAAGAGUCAAGGGAAGAGUAUGCAGAAGGGAUGAGACGAUUUGGGCGGUCGGCCUGUGAGACGAUAGUAGGGGAUGCCGAAGAAGCAAUGGAUGGACUAGAAGGGAUUGAUUUUCUUGUUGUGGACUGCAAGGGAAACAAUGAGUUCGGGAGGGUGAUAAGAGCUGCUAAACUAGGCGAAAGAGGGGCUGUUCUGGUGUGCACAAACGCAAGCUCGAGAGCUGGCUCGGAUUUCAGGUGGAGUAGCGUGCUGGAUGGGAGGUCGAGGGUUGUCCGUUCGGUACUUUUGCCGGUGGGGAAAGGGUUGGAUGUAGCUCAUGUUGGAGCGACGGGAGGAAGCUCCGGCAGAGAGAAGGGCCGGAGCAGGUGGAUAAAACGCAUUGAUCAGGAUUCAGGUGAAGAGUUUGUCAUCCGGAAAUGAUUGUUUUGUCCGUAGAAAUGCACGUAGUGGGUUGGAGUUAGACUUAGAUGUGACAUUUUUUUGUUCUUUUAUUGUUGGUUCUGCAUAUAACUUGUGAAAAAUUGUGUAUAGAUUGAUGGGCAGUAUUUUGUACUGUAGGUAAUACUGGUUCUUGCGAGUAAUAUGAUAGAAGUGAAAUCUUGGUGUAGCUACGUAUGAUUAUCACUGAGUGGGUCUCUCUAGUUUCCCUGCAUUAUCAAU